AUGACCGAAACUAUGUGGGCAUUAUCCAUGAUCACCAAGGCCGGAGUGGCCACCAAGGACAUUCGCGUGGGCGUUGCCAGCUACGGUCGAUCGGUCGAGAUGAGCACUGAGGGCUGCUAUGAAUCGUGGUGUACGUGGGAUGCAGCGGGUGCCGCGGGCUCGUGCACCAACACCGCUGGGUACAUCUCGAAUGCUGAAUUGGACGUGAUUCCCGACUCCGACUCCACAGCCACCCCCUACUCCACCGACGACACCGACAUCCUCGUCUACAAUGAGACCCAAUGGGUCGGCUACAUGAAUGCGACCACCCGCGCAAAUCGCACGAAUUACUACAAGACGUACAACUUCGGCGGACUCUCGGAGUGGGCCAUUGACCUGGAGACAAACCCAGGGUCGCUGGACGAUAGCUGGGAAACAAGUAUCACUGCGUCGCCAUCGACCAGCACGCAGAGCACCACCACCACCACCACUACCACCGUCACUAUUGGUCCCACCGUGUGGGCAGAGUCCUCUCCGGUUGUUACCUGCUCGCCUCCCUGCCUGAUGAUCAUGCCCCCUAAACCUCUCACUACGACCACCACCAUCACCUUCACUGAAUGGGACACGAACAUCACCUGGUCCUCCACAGCCACCAAGACCACCACGCUCAACGAUGGCAGCGUGGUGACAUACAAGUCCAUGCACACCUCUGCCAUCCCCACACGCCUCUAUCCCUCUCCCGUCACGACCGACUGCAUUGAUGUGUGGAAUCAAGCCAUUACUCCUGGACCAUCGGUAGUCCACCAGACCAGCUCCGUCCGACCAACUCCCUUGACAGUCACCUAUACCCAGACGGUGGGCGGCAGCACAACCGUUUCCGGAGGCACCACAAGCACAAUCGCGGGGGUGUCUUAUUCGUUCGGCAACUUCACCUACGCCAGUCCUCCGUGGACGGGCGUUUUUGGGGGCACGACGAUCGUGGCAAAUGGAACCUGGAACCAUUCUCUCUCCCACCACGACCACCGUGACCGCACCCCUAUCCGACGGACACGAGUACCCCCGACUCAGUGCUGA